CACCUGCGGUUAGCUAGAUAUUUGAACACCGACGAUUCGCAGACGCUCAGAGGUGGCCCGCGGCACUCCAACUGGUCCAUGGCCACUUAGACGGAAGGAAGAAAGCCUAGGCACGCUGCUCUACCCUCAGCCAGAGAAAGAUGUCGUUCAGAGAGCUUCGAUCGUUCACGGAGGUGAUGAAGGCGCUGGGUUACCCACGCCUCAUCUCCAUGGAAAAUUUCCGUGUACCAAACUUUGAGCUGGUGGCGGACUGCUUGUAUUGGCUGGUGCACCGGUACUACCCCGGUGUGGAGAUUGCGGAUGAUAUCAGCACGGAGAGCGACCGUGUCAAGUUCUUGCAGUCGGUGGCGCAGGUCAUGCUCACAAAGGCGCGGAUGAAGCUGAACAUAAAGCGGUUGUAUGCCGCGGACGGCAACGCCGUGAAGGAGCUGCUGAAGCUUGCCUCACUGCUGUACAAAGCGACCUCAAAGGCGGGGGAUAUGGACGACGACGCCGCUGAGGCCAUUGAUGUGGCCAACUCGCUCAAGGGGUUCAAUCCCAAGGAGAUUAAGGGCCUGGCGGCGGAAAUCAUCAAGGCCGGUGCCGGCCUGUACGACGCGCUGGGGCAGGAGCCGGAGCUGCGCGAGCACCGGGCACGUGCGGUGGCGGGGCAUGUGGACACGGACUUUGUGGAGCGCAGCAUCCGGGAGGCCAUUGCGCAGGUGGAGGACAACAUCCGGUCUCUGGAGAACCAGAUGGAGGACCUGGAGCGCAACGAGAAGACGCUGGACAACAAGAUCGAGAAGAAGAAGCAGGAGCUGGAGCGGCAGGAGAAGCGCCUGUCAACGCUGCAGAGCGUGCGCCCCGCCUACAUGGACGAGUACGAGCGGCUGCAGGGCGAGCUGAACGGGCUGUACCAGUCUUACCUGGACAGGUUCCGCAACCUGGAGUUCCUGGAGAACGAGCUGGAGGCCUACUACCAGGCAGAGCAGGAGAAGAUGGAGGCGCAGGAGCGGCGGCUCAAAAAGAUGCAGAAGCGGCUCAAGGAGGAGGAGCUGCGCAUCCUGCGCGGUGAGCAGGAGGUGGACGAGGCCAACAUGAACUUCGACGACGACGACAUGGACCUGUCGGAGGACGGCGAGCACGAGGAGGCGGAGGAGGGCGAGGAUGAGGACUACGGAGCGGGCGGCCAGAAGGCCACCAUGCGCCGCGACCAGUUCGGGGGGCAGGGCGGCGGCGGUGGCGGCGGCCGGCAGCAGGGCGGCGGCCGCAAUGUCAUGGGCAACCUGGACGGCGACUUUGACGAUGAGGCGUCCAUCGACGAGGACGACAACACCGAUGGCGGCGAGGUGUCGCGGCAGGGCUCGCAGGCGGGGGGCAUGGGCGGUGGUGGCGGCUACGGCGGCGGCGGCGGCUACAUGAACGGCGGCGGCAUGGAUGAUGACGAGAACAACCUCAUCCAGGAUGACGACGAGGAUGACAAUGACUUCUAAGAGCACCGGGGCGCGGCUUGAAGGCUUGUAGUAGCCAGACAUAACGACGGAGCUGUCUGGUACUCUGGUGCACACGUGCGUGUGGGCCACCUCUAGCAGGCAUACUUACGGGCGCAGUGGAAUAUCUGCGACCGCAUUCAGGUUUAGCUGUACAUAAAUGAGCGUGCUAAUGCCAGGCACGCUGUACACAUUCGGACGAGGGAUGGUCACAGAGUUGCGCCACUGCAGAAUAGACUUGAAUACGGUCGAGUGGCGAUUGGAAGAGUAUUACACGGUAGCGAGUGGCUACCCCAUGUACGGCUACCCGCCAUAGCGUGACACAAAUUGAAAAGAAUGUGUAUGUCUUUGCGGCCUCGUGAAUACGGUACCUUGCGGCAGUGAGACUACAGAGAAUGCGGGCCCGAAUGUCAAGCUCCACGUGACUGUGAUGCGGUGCCGUGACUCCGUGAACUCCUAAUACGGUACCACCACUCAGCAUUCAAGUCCUACACAACCAGCCAGCUAAUCCCAUCAAACUGACGAAGUCACGAGCUGAAGAAGCGAGCAGGGCGCGCACGCCCCGGGAAAACCCGCCGCCGCCAACGGUAUGCACCCAGCGAUGCCUGCCGGUAACAUACAACUGAGCUGUGCCCUACAAUCGCGCGCCAGCUAGCAGCUUUAGGAGCUGUCGGUGUCACCGUAUGAAGCGAGCCAGUUGCCUGGCCAGCUAUAGUUGGUCUACGCUGCACUACCAUACGGUACACAACCUACAAUGGCGGCGCCCUACCGUAUGGUGAUGCCGGUCAGACGUCAGUUUCAGACGCAAAUGCACUUGCCGGUAAAACUAUAAGUAGCGCCCACAGCCUCAAAGGCUUUGAUUCCGGCAUGGUAAUCACUAGAACGCCACACGUAGCAGCCCAUAUCGAUCCGUACAGGGCUGUUCGGCAGCUUGCAGCUCACCCCAGCGCACAUUGGGUUUGGCUUUCGUACCCCCAAUUGCUCCGAAGCAGUCGCUGCCCUGCUGUGCGCACGCAUACAUUCCCUGCCCCACUCGCGACAUCCACGGCCUGGCACACUGCAACAGAGCUAACCAUAAUGUCUGCCAUCCUAUCGCUAAAGACGGAUGCAUGAGGGGUGCAUCAGCAUGCUGAUGCGCCCUCCAAACCUGCCUGAAGGCGUCAUCCUUCUC